AUGCCUGGGGGUACUUUGCCUGGGGGUGCUGAGCCUGGGGGUGCUGAGCCUGGGGGUGCUGCGUCUGGGGGUGCGGAGUUUGAGGGUACUGGGCCUGCUUGUGUGGCGCCUGGUGGUGCUGGGCCUGGCGGUUCUUCGGGUGCUUCGUCCCGACGGGAGCUACUCUCUCCACAGAAGCUGCGAGAGUGGUUUGCCCGGCGCUGGAGGCGUGCUGCUGGAGCUGGAGGUGCUGCGGGCACUGGAGGUUCUGCUGCUGCUGAGGGUGCCGCGGGUCCCGGAGGUGCUCAUACUGGGAGUACUGGAGCUGCUGGGCCUGCGGGUACUUCUCGUCCUGGAACUGGUGGUGCUGCGGGCGUCGGUGCUACUGGGGGUGCUGGUGCUGGUGGACCUGCUGUGUCUUCUGGUGGUCCGGCUGGAGCAAGAGCUCCUGGGGGUGUUGGCGCUGAGGGUGCUUCUGGUGCUGGUGCCUCUGAGGGUGCUGGAGUUGGCGCUGCUGGAGCUGGGGGUGCUACUGGAGCUGGUGCUGCAGUUGGGGGUGCUGGUGCUGUUCCUGCUGGUUCUGGGGGCGCUGCGCGGCCGCGGCCGUACUUCGUUCCGCUCCUUGAGCAGGUUCUUGGCCUUCCGCCCUCUGCUAGUCCGGCUCCUCCCUUAGAGUGUCCACCGCCUGUCCAGUCCGACUCACAGUUACAGCCUACCUCACCUCUGCCUGCUCCUUCUCCCUACACUGGUCCUACUGGAGGUCUUGCUGAGCGUCGUGAGCCUGCGUCUCGCCCUGCGUCGCCUGUCCGUGCUGCUCGCACUAGUGGUCGUAGUUCGCGUCAGCGUCCUCCCCCUGUCCCCGGCACGCACCGGAUGUCUCUGCGUCCUUCCACAGCUCCACUGCGUGCCCCUUUGCCUUCUCCUCCUGAGUCCUCUCUUCCUGCUCUUGCUGACCCUGAGUCAGACUCCCUUCGUGCUGCCAGUCCUACUGUCACGCGUCUCCUUGCUACUGUAGUCACUGACCCUUCCUUUGAGUCCACUGCUGCGUCUGCCCUAGUUGCUGAGCUUGUCGACUUCGCUGCUCGCUGUCGCCUAGACUACGCUGCUAGUCUUGUCGCCGAGUCUGAGUCUGUCUGUCCUCCGUCCGUCGGGGGUGAGUGUGCUCUUGGCACGGACGUCCUUGAGGACAGGCAGGAGGAGUUCCAGUGUCUUGCGGCUGCUUCACCCCAUCUCGUGUCCAUGUUACUUGCCCCUAAGGGAGACCCGGAUGCACCAGACAUCCCGACUCCGCGCUCUUACGCGGAGGCGAUAGAGGGUCCCUACUCCUCUCAGUGGCAGGCAGCCAUGGACGCCGAGAUGGCUUCCUGGAAGUCCACAGGCACCUACGUUGACGAGGUUCCCCCGCCUGGGGCGAACAUCGUCAGUGGCAUGUGGAUUUUCAGGGUGAAGCGGCCGCCGGGUUCUCCGCCUGUCUUCAAGGCGCGUUACGUGGCUCGUGGCUUCAGUCAGCGGCAGGGAGUUGACUACUUUCAGACCUUCUCUCCCACCCCGAAGAUGACCACUCUUCGGGUACUGCUGCACUUAGCCGCUCACCGUGACUACGAGCUUCACUCUCUUGACUUCAGCACUGCUUUCUUGCAGGGCAGCCUGCACGAGGAGAUCUGGCUGCGCCGCCCACCUGGCUUCACUGGGACUUUUCCUCCUGGCACCCAGUGGAGCCUCCGGCGGCCAGUCUACGGUCUCCGCCAGGCGCCUCGUGAGUGGCACGACACACUGAAGACUACACUUGCGGCUCUUGGGUUUGCUCCUUCUACUGCCGACCCGUCGCUGUUUCUGCGCACCGACACUUCUUUGCCGCCGUUCUACAUCCUCGUGUACGUCGACGACUUGGUCUUUGCCACAGCUGACACUGCUGGACUCGCCUACGUGAAGUCCGAGCUGCAGAAGAGACACACGUGCACAGACCUAGGUGAACUGCGCAGCUACCUUGGCUUGCACAUCACCCGGGACAGAGCACAGCGCACCAUUACCCUGACUCAGUCACACAUGGUGCAGCAGGUCCUUCAGCGCUUCGGCUUCACGUACUCCUCGCCUCAGGCCACUCCUCUGUCUACUCGCCACUCGCUCUCAGCUCUGCCUUCGGAUGAGUCCGUAGAGUCGAGUGGCCCGUACCCAGAGCUUGUUGGCUGCCUCAUGUACCUGAUGACCUGCACUCGACCUGACCUUGCAUACCCUCUUAGCAUUCUCGCACGCUAUGUUGCUCCUGGGAGACACAGACCAGAGCACAUGGCUGCAGCGAAGAGGGUGUUGCGCUACUUGUGUAGUACGUCGGGCAUGGGGCUUGUGCUUGGAGGGCGGAGUCCAGUGGUCCUCACUGGUCACGCAGACGCUUCUUGGGCUGACGACCAGGCUACGCAGCGGUCGUCACAGGGUUACACCUUCAGCCUUGGUUCCGGCUCUGUUUCGUGGCGGUCUACCCGCUCGUCUUCUGUUCUCGGCUCCAGCUGUGAGGCUGGGAUCUACGUAGGGGCCAUGGCUGCACAGGAGCUACGCUGGCUCACCUACCUGCUGACUGACCUAGGAGAGCUGCCUCGUUCUCCUCCAGUUCUGUACGUAGACAACAAGGCCAUGCUGGCCUUGUGUCGGGAGCACAGACUGGAGCACAGAACGAAGCACAUCGCUCUUCGCUACUUCCUUGCUCGUGAGCUGCAGCAGCGCGGUCAGCUGCACCUUGCUUACGUGGCCUCUGAGGCCAACACUGCUGAUAUCUUCACCAAGGCACUCGCGCCUUGUGACCAUCAGCGCUUCUGUACUUUGUUAGGUCUUGUGCCUACCUUGCCUCACUUGCUCACUUCUUGA